ACUCAGUCAGUCGCCACGCUGCACUGGAGCCUGUUGGAGAUACAAGAUGAUCAGCUACUGAGGAGCAUUUGACUUUCAGAUAGAGGGGAGCUUGUUAGGUGGAUACACAUACUUGGGGGCUGGGAGGUGGCUGAGAUAGGAGUGGGCAUGUUCUUGAGUACAGCUUCUCCCCGGAGGUCGUUCACCGUCCCCAUUAACAUCAACCUGCAGGGUGCUCGGAGGCGGCAGACACGACACAGAGAGUUCUUUCACACAGCGACAGCUCAAGAGCAGGACUGGAGUAGAGGGGUGGAUGGGCGUGGAGGGCAGCGAGCUCGGAGCCAGAUGCCAGUGUCGAGUGUCGGGGAGGACAGAGCCAUCCUGCUGGGCUUCACCAUGAUGGCCUUCUCUGUGCUCAUGUUCUUUGUGGUCGGGAUCACUACAGUCAAACCCUAUGUUAACAGUGACUGGGUGGAGUCCAGCUGUGUUCUGCUAAAGACCGAAAUCCUGGAAGAGUGGGUGGACUGCAGAGGUGUGAGCAUUGUGCCUUGCCUCAGGGUAAAGGUUAACCUCACAGGUUCCAAUCAGACGACUUUUCUCCACUUUGACGAGGAAUUGGUCCUCCUUGCUCUUGAGUGUUUCUAUAUACCCAAAUGUCGAAUGGACAGAACAGAACUUCAAAAGGAAGUUGAGAAAGUGAAGAACAGCUUGGACGCUCAGCUGGAGAGGACCUCAUUGUGCUUCACUGACAACACGAGGCACCCCGGGGACACAAUCUUGAACAGGAAGUACACCCAUGAGAAGGCCCUGUUAGCAAUGCUGUGGCCCUGUCUGAUGCUGGGUGGCGGAGCUCUGUUGGUGGGCCUUGUGAAGCUGACUCAGUUCUUAGCCCAUCUCUCCUCUGAGGUGUGCAGUGAGACUGCAGGGGGCAGGCUGACAUCAAGACACACUCAGGGCAAACUGUACAGACUCCUCCGGAGGUCCAGCGCGCAGUCUCCUUCAUGACAUAUCCAGUGUUUGUUAUGCAUCAGGCCAAAAAUACCUUUUUUAAAUAUAUAAUGGGUACAUAAUGUCAACCGGGGCCAGUGUGUAUAAAGCAUAUAUAAAGAAUAAAUGCCUACGUGGAGAGAAUAGGUUGGAUUAUUUAUAAUAAAUCUUAAAUCUCUAAUAACAAAAAUCUUAAAAACCAGCUGUGGUACAUGCACAGAGGACAAAAGACAACACACCUUUGCAAUGAAAACGUAGUAAUGGCAAGUUGAAAAUAAGUUGAUGAAAAAGAUACAAGGUCUGUCCUAAUACCCAAACGACAGGCGAAAGCUGAAAUCAUCAAAUUAAUAACAUGAUUCAGUAUACAGUACAUUUCCAACAUGUUAAUGUGAGUCCUCCUAUAGUAAGCGCAUUUAUAUAUAUUCUGAAAACAAAAAACAGAAAUGAAAAAUUAAGCUUACUCCUAUUAUAUAAACUUGGAGGUGAACUUCUUAAGGAAAUGUUUUGUUAAAUCGACCUCUAAGUUCUCUUUCAGAAAACCAGAAACAAUUGAGCCUGUAUAUGGUUAAAAUACAAAACUUUUAAAGGGCCUCAGGAGAUGACUUCACUUUAAAUGGCUCCUUCUUCCUUCUUUGACUUCUAGAGAAACUUAUCUGAAAGUCUUGUUUUGCUGGCCCCCAGUGCUUUAAGCAAUGUAGAGUUUACUCCAGGGUGUCAGUAGCCAACACUGUGACAUCACUGUUGGCUGUUGUUAGAGACACAACAGAGCACAUUUCUAACUACUUUAAACCAGAGAGGGCAGAUAAGUGACUCUUUAAAGGUCCAGUGUAUACUGUUUCAGCGGACCUAUUGGCAGAAAUAAAAUAUAUAUAUAUAUAAUCUCCCACACACUGAUCUUUCAAGACGGUCAUUGACAAUAUCCCAAACAGUAUAUCUUAUGUUGUCAAAUUAGUUAUAUAGGAGAUAUCUCAUAUAAGCUUUGUUCUUGCAUGCUUCAAUACAUUGAUGAUGUUGGAUACAGUGCAUUUUGGGUCCGCUUGACAAGGUGUGUAUGAGGGUUGUUUACAUUGCUGAUUCAAUGCACACUAAUGUCAAUCUUUAUCAUGAAGCCCAUCAGGGCAAAAGUGCCUUGUAAAUACCAGUCAGUGAAGCAGGUGUAAAAGCAAACAAUGUAAUAAAAAUGGCAGAAAUAAAA